AUGUCCGAACUCGCCGGCGCGGAUAGGUUCAACAUUAAUUCGCAGCUCGAGGCGUUGCAAACCCGGUACGUCGGCACCGGGCACGCCGACGUCUCCAAGUACGAGUGGAUCGUCAAUCAACAUCGAGACUCGUUAGCGCAAUACGUCGGGAAACAUUCCAUGCUCCAAUAUUUCGCAGUCGCGGAGAACGAGAGCAUCAGCAGAGUCGGGUACCAGAUGAAACAGAAGAUGCUCCUGCCGUGCGGAUUACCACCACCACCGAAAGAAGAGGAGGGGGAAGACGAGUAG